CAACAAAAAUAUAAGACCCAAUCCUCGCUAUUUAGGGUUGCCAUUGUUCGGGUCUCACGUCGGCAGCUGCAGUCUCGCCUCCUCGGAGCCUCAAACAGCGAAAAUGCCGUCGCACAAGACCUUCAGGAUCAAGAAGAAGCUCGCGAAGAAGAUGAGGCAGAACAGGCCCAUCCCUCACUGGAUCCGAAUGAGGACUGACAACACCAUCAGGUACAAUGCCAAGCGCAGGCACUGGCGCCGCACCAAGCUAGGGUUCUGAGGUGGAGAUGAGCCCAUUUGAAUUCUAAUUUUAGUUUGUUAUGCAAGAAUUGAGAUGUUCAUUUGAAUUUUUGGGAGCUCCAGAGGAAUUUAUUUGGAAGGGCAUCUUUUUGUUCAACAAAUGGCUUCGACUUGUCUUAGCUUAAUUUGAUUUUACUUUCAUGUUAAAGUAUUUUAUGCUUUAUUUAUGUUUCGUGUUGUUUUUUC